AUGCAAUUACUGUCUUGUGUGCUCGCCGUCAGCGGCUUUGUGUCGCUAAGCUUCGCUUUCAGGCAACCCGGCAAAGGACUCUUUGAUCGUACAGAGCGGCGUCAGGAGAAUGCGCAAGCGAAGCGUGCGCAACACUUGCAGCCACGGCAAGAGUCGCCGCCAGACCCUUCCUUCGUCAAUCGCUUCCUCAACGACAAGACGCAGCCUUUCUGGGUCAAUGGCAGUGCCAUCCCCAAGGUCCCGUUCGACAUGGGCGAAAGCUAUGCGGGCUUACUACCCGUCUCGGACGAUCCGGACGAGACAAGAAAGCUCUUCUUCUGGUUCUGGCCAUCUCUCAACCAGAGCUGCCCGCAAGAGAUUGCGAUUUGGUUCAAUGGUGGCCCGGGCUGUUCAUCAAUGAUCGGAUUCAUCAACGAGAACGGCCCAUGGAUGUGGCAAGAUGGCACGCCUUAUCCGACACUGAACAUGUACGACUGGAGAAACCUCACGAAUGUCAUGUGGGUCGAACAGCCCGUCGGUGUAGGCUUCACGCAAGGCGAACCGAACGUUACGACAGAAGAAGAGAGCUCCAAGCAAUUUGUUGGCUUUUAUCACCAAUUCGCUGAGACUUUCGGCGUCAAGGGCUUCGACAUCUUCUUGACCGGCGAGAGCUACGCUGGCUACUACAUUCCCUACAUCGCGAACGAGUUCAUCACCCAGAACAACUCAGACUACCCCCUAACUGCCAUCCACAUCAACGAUCCCAUCAUCGGCGGCAACACCGCCCAGCAAGGCGUCACUGUUUACCCAUACAUCGAGUACUGGUCCAACCUACUGAAUCUCAACGACACUAUCAUGGCAAAUCUAUCAGCCACGCACGAGGACUGCGGCUACAAAGACUUACUCGACAAAUACUUCACGUACCCAGCAUUACAAGAGCCCUUCCCAACCCCCAGAGAUCCAUUUGACGGCAACUGCGACAUUCUCGAUUACUUUGACUACGCGGUCAACGAAGUCAAUCCCUGCUUCAGUUUCUACCGCAUCAGCGAUAGAUGUCCAUUAUUAAGUUCAACCCAGGGUCACAUCCUACUCAGCCUCCCAAGCCCGGACACAGCCUACUUCAACCGCACCGACGUGCAAGAAACCCUGCACGUCAACGUCGGCACCGCCUGGGAAGUCUGCUCCUCGGACCCCGUCUUCCCGGACAUGAAGAACAGAUCCAGCCCCUACGACACCGACCUCUCCCUCCCGCCCGCCAACAACGGCGUCCUCCGCAAUGUCAUCGAAACCACAAACCGCGUCAUCAUCGGCUCCGGGAACCUCGACGCGCUCCUCAACACCAACGGCACCCUGUUCGCUAUCCAGAACAUGACGUGGAACGGAUGGCAAGGGUUAGAGGAUUUCCCGGAUCGGGACUUUAUCUCGCCGUAUCAUCCUGAUACGUAUCAGUCGAGUUCUGGGUCGGGGGUGGUGGGGAAGUGGGGACGGGAGAGGGGGUUGACGUUUUAUCAGAUUCAGCUGGCGGGACAUACUGUGCCUGGUGAUGCGUUAGGGCCGAGUUUUCGGGUGAUGGAGGUGUUGUUGGGGAGGGUUGAUAAUCUUGGGGUGCAUGAGCCGUUUACGACCGAUGUGGAGGCGGGGAGGGAUGAGUUAUGA